AUGGAUAACAAUCGCUUUGAUGGCUGGUUCAAUGACAUUCUGAAGAAGCUGCCAGAUGGUAACGUCAUUGUUUCAGACAAUGCAGCUAACCAUAGCCGGCGAGAAGAAAAAUUGCCGACGACAGCCUUGGAGAAAGAAGAGAUACGGGAGUGGCUAUCAAGCAAGAACAUCACCUUCAGUAAAAGGGUAAUAAAGAAGAAGCUGCUUGAGCUGGUGGCAUCUGUAAAGUCACGCUUUCUGAGCUACAUCGUAGACAACACAGCUGCAAGGGCCGGUUGCAUUUUACUCAGGCUCCUGCCGUACCACUGCGAACUUAAUCCCAUCGAGCUUGUGUGGGCCAACGUCAAAAACGUUGUCACUGAGGAAAACAGAGACUUCAAACUGUCCGCGGUCGGUGCCUUCUUGAGAGAUAAAAUAAAGCAGGUAACGGCGAAAGGCUGGAGGAAGAGCAUUCCGCACGUGAUAGACGUGGAUGCAAACUUCAGACUUCAAACGUCUGGGAAUGAGCCCAUUCAAUUCAUCAUCAUUCAUUUUGGUGACGAUAAAACUGAUGAAAGCGAGGACGACUGCGAGCUCUCUGACACUGAGUCAUUUGACGAAGCAUAG